AUGUCCCGCCGCAAGGCCGGCAGCGCGCCCCGCCGAGUCGACCCAGUGCCCGCCGCCAACUCAGACGGCGAUAUGGAAAUACCGGACCUCGUCAUCGAAAUGAAGCCCGAGCUAGACGCGCGGCACCUACAGGCCCCGGGACUAGGGCCCUUCUCUCCUAAGGAGGCGCCCGCGCCUCAGCACCUCAGGGACGAACCCCGCCAUUCUCCCGGACCCACGCCCUCUGAGACCGCCCUCCAUACCCACGGCGCGCGGAACCAGUGGGCCCUGUGGACGUCGCUGAUCCCCCAACCUCUCGACCGCCAGCCUUGGACCGACAAACACCAAGAUCUGUUGACCUGCGGCCGCUGCCUGCAGACCUUCCCGUUGGAGGCCAUCACUGCCUUCAUGGACCACAAGAGGCAGGGCUGUCAGCUCUUCCGAGGCCCCAGACCCUGGCAGGGCUCAGAACAUGAGGACCUGAAAGCUUUGAGCUGCCUCCGCUGUGGCAGACAGUUCACGCGUGCCUGGAAGUUGCUCCGUCAUGCCCAGUGGGACCAUGGCCUGUCCAUCUACCAGACGGAAUCUGAGGCCCCCGAGGCACCACUGCUGGGCCUGGCCGAGGUGGCUGCAGCCGUGUCCGCAGUAGUGGGGCCGGAAGUGGAAACCAGAGGUCCCCGCACAAGUGGCCGUCGGAGCCCAACCUGCACCGUGUGCAAGAAGACCCUCAGCUCUUUCAGCAACCUCAAAGUACACAUGCGUUCCCACACAGGCGAGCGACCCUAUGCCUGUGACCAGUGUUCCUACGCUUGCGCCCAGAGCAGCAAGCUCAACCGUCACAAGAAGACCCACCGGCAGCUGCAGCCCUCGAGCCCCUGCACCGCUGAUGCUGGUCAGGAGCAGGCCUCAGCUGCACCCCCUGAGCCAGCCGCCCUUGCUGCUGCCCCAGCCAGCACCCUCCAGUGCCACCAGGGGGAAGGGGGCGGGGCUGCUGCCACUGCUGGUAUCCAAGAACCUGGGGCUCCAGGAGGUGGGGCUCAGGCUGGUCCUAGUGAGGACGUCGUCAAACAGAGAGCUGACCCUGCAAACUGCCCGAAGUCUGUGCCCAAGUCGACGCCAAAGCCUGUGGGCAAGAGCCGCGGGCCAGGGGGCAGCUGUGAGUUCUGCGGGAAGCAUUUCACCAACAGCAGCAACCUGACGGUGCACCGGCGCUCCCACACGGGCGAGCGGCCCUACGCCUGUGAGUUCUGCCCCUACGCCUGUGCCCAGAGCAGCAAGCUCAACCGGCACCGCCGCAUGCACGGCCUAGGGCCCGGCGGCACCAGCUUCCAGUGCCCCCACUGCUGCGUGCCCUUUGGCCUGCGUGCCACCCUGGACAAGCACCUGCGGCAGAAGCACCCUGAGGCGGGAGGUGGCACCUGA